UAUCCUGGUGAUGCGAGGUAGCCUAGUACAUAACAGGCCAACGACGUUUCUUUCAUGCUCCAUUAUCGGUUAAAACUGUCUGGUUCGUAGUUCUUGCACUCGAAGUCGUCGUCUUCAAGCAACUCUUGUUUUACUCCUUUUGAAAAGCUGUCCGUCUCGUGUUCAAUCGUUCAUUCAACACUACAGUGGACGCUUGCCAAAGAAAACUAAACAGUCCAUGGCGUUAAUUGUGAACUGGUGGACUCUGGCUGUGAGCGCAUGUCUCGUGCUGACGGUUCGAGCUGAAUGCGGCAGAGAUUGCGCGAUCUGCGUUUAUCGGCUGUUCCGUCAACAGAUAGAAAGCGACACAGUGACCUGCACAUUAGAAUGUGAAGGGACUGUGGACUCUAGAAAGCUGGAAAUCUGCAAAGACAUUCUGACAGAAGAGGAGCGCCUUGCCAUUGACAACCUCAUGCAAGCAGAAGACAGAGCAGACCAUCUACUCGCCAAGAAAUAUGGUGGCUUUAUGAAGCGUUAUGGGGGCUUCAUGAUUAAGAAGGCAGCACAGAUUGGAGCCCCAAUUGAGAGUGAUGGUACAGAGACCCUUAGUAUGAAAUUAGGAGGCUUUAUGAAGAAGGACAAGACAGAGGGUGGAGCCGAAGAACAACAAGUGGAACUGCUGAGAGAGAUCCUUGGAGUUGGCCUUGGCUCAGAGUUAGAUGACCAACACGACGAGGACAUCGUCAAACGCUAUGGGGGCUUUAUGAGGAGCGUGCAAGGGAACAUUGGUCUAGAGGAGGCGGUAAGAGACCUGCACAAGCGCUAUGGGGGUUUUAUGCGCAGAGUGGGCAGGCCUGACUGGUUGGAUAACCAGAAACGCACUUGGGAGGAUGGAAGCGAGACAGCGCUGCCUGACAUGCAGAAGAGAUAUGGAGGAUUCAUGGAUUAGAAUCUGAUUAAAAAAGGGACACCCCACAAUUUUUUUUUAAGAAAAAUAUACACUCUCCCCUUCUCUUUACUGUCAAUGCAGUCGCCCAUCACAUGUGACAUUUGGUAAAGAUAUGGCCAUCGGGCAUCUUAAGAGACCCUUUUAUGCCACAGAGUGUUACACCUUCCUCAUUUAUUAAUCUAACCAUUCAUUGGUCACAUCACCAUUAAUUAAAUGUACUUUUCACAUAGUUGCUUGUUCUCUGAAGAUCUCAUCACAUUAGCAGUUCUACUUUACUCCUUGCACAGUGAGGUUAAGUCUCCGGUCUACUGUCCGCACUUGAUGUGUUUUAUUAAUGCAUUUCUUUUAUCAACUGUUCAACAGCUUUUGUUCUUGUUUAAAUCAACAUGACAUUUAAAGCUAUUAGAUGUACAGAAUACAAUAAAAUCAUCUUA